AUCUCAGUGCAGCAAUUCCCCUCCUCCUCCUCCAGGGGCUCACGGAGGGUCCCUUGUCGUUUUGCUUCCCCAUCUGCCUUUCUUGCAUGCUCGGACUCUGAAGGCUCCCCUUUGUUGUGGACUGUGGCUCAGCAUGGCUGCCUUGGGAGUCUUCUUGAUAAGCCUCUCUGUAUCUGCCGGGCUGGGGUUGGCUCCGCCAUUCCUCGGCUGGCCACACAGCCACAGAAGCCUCUGGGCCCAGCCCUCCUCCUUUCCUUCCAGAAAGGCCCUUCUGCUCCCGCCGGCCACCAUGCUGGGCAACUUGAUGUUGCUGCCCUUUCUCCUCGGAUGUCUCCGCAUGACCUCAGGGCAGACCUUCCACAUGGGGAAGUGCCCAGACCCACCAGUCCAGGAGGAGUUCGAUGUCGCCAAGUAUCUGGGGAAAUGGUACGUGAUUGAAAAGCUGCCAUCAAAUUUUGAAAAAAGCGACUGUGUCCAAGCCAAUUAUUCCCGGAAGGAAAAUGGGAAGUUUAAAGUGGUCAACAAAGAACUUCUGCUAGACGGCACCAUCAACGAGGUCGAAGGGGAAGCCUUUCAAGUGGACCCCAAUGAACCAGCCAGGCUGCAGGUCAAGUUUAACUGGUUCAUGCCCGCAGCCCCCUACCUGGUCAUCUCCACCGACUACAAGAACUACUCUCUGGUCUACUCCUGCAUGACGUUCCUCUGGCUCUUCCACGUGGACUACGCCUGGAUCCUGUCCAGAACCCCUCAGCUGCACCCAGAGACCGUGGAGCACCUGAAGAGCAUCCUCCAGUCCUAUGAGAUUGGCACGGAGCAGAUGAGGCCCACUGACCAACUGAACUGCCCUGCCAACAUGUAGCGCACCCAGCCACCCAUGAGCUCUCUCCCCCCGCCCCCGCUUACUAGCUUCCGGAUGCCAAGCAGCAGUGUGGUUCCUGAGGACGCAGCUGGCGAGAUGCACAGCUGGGAGGGCGCCCCCCCCCCCAGCCGCUGCCUCUAGUGCUUGAGGGGCCGUUGUAGAGGCCUGCCUCUUUCCCAGGGUUGUUUCCAAGGCACUCAUUCCAGGCAAGUGCACGAAAACUUCACUCCCUGGCAUGCAGCUCUUCCCACAUGGAUUCCUGAACACUCAGGGCCAAACCAGAUGAAAUCAGGAGUUUGGGAAAUGUCGGUCUUUCUGCUCAGA